GAACUCAAUUCUCUUUUGCCAAUUGUCGAGCCAAAGAUCAAGAGUAGUCCUCCAGCAGACGCCUUUCGCGUUACCUGGCUUGGUCACGCAACCAUUCUGGCAGAGUUCGACAACAUCGCCGUUCUCACUGAUCCCAUUUUCAGCGAUCGCGCAUCGCCAAGUCAGGUUAUAGGUCCAAAACGAUAUCGAGAUCCUCCAUGCACAAUCCAUGAUUUGCCAUCCAAUUUGGAUGCCGUGGUCAUAUCACACUCACACUAUGACCACCUUGACUUGAACUCGGUGGUCAUACUGAAUGCUCGUUUUGGCAGUGACCUACGCUGGUUCAUUCCACUUGGACUUGCUGACUGGUUCAACAGUGUUGGCUGUGAGAACGUCGUCGAGUUGGACUGGUGGGAAGAGAACUGUGUGGCGGACAAAAGUGAUGUGUCUUUUGUCUUCACCCCCAGUCAGCACUGGAGCAAGCGAACCCUCACCGACGAGAACAAAACCCUCUGGGGCAGUUGGGUCAUCAAGGGUCCAAACUUUCGUUUCUUCUUUGCUGGAGACACCGGUUACUGCAGCAUCUUCAAGCAGAUCGGUCUCGUUUACGGGCCUUUCAACGUUGCGGCAAUUCCGAUCGGCGCCUACGAACCUCGCUGGUUUAUGAAACAUCAGCACGUCAAUCCAGAAGAGGCAGUGCGAAUUCACCAGGAUUUGCAGUCCAUUUUUUCAAUCGCUAUUCACUGGGGCACUUUUGCCCUUUCCAACGAAUAUUUUUUAGAUCCACCACGACUGCUUCGUGAAGCCUUGGAAAAAAGGCGAGUUAAUCUGAAAGAUUUUGUUACUUUCAAGCAUGGCGAGACACAAAUAAUUUCCAAAAAGGGCGGCAAUAGUUCAGUGCAGCAUCAGCAUCAGCAGCAGCAGCAACAACAUCAACAACAGCUGCAACUACAACAGACACCGUGGAACAUGAGUGCGAGCAUGUUCAUGAACUCGAAUCAUCUGCCGAACCAGACUCCCUUUAUGGUUGCCGACCCAACGACGAUAUCCUCUCCCAUCAUUCAAUCGCAAAACCGAAAGUGA